ACAAUCACAGGACCGAAUGCGGGCCGCCUUAGUUGCCACAAAGGCAGUGGCAAGAGGAAUUGAAUGUAGUGGUAGCAGAGCUCUGUGCUCUAAUAGCCAGGGUGUGGCUGGUCGGUCACUCGUAUCGGGAAGCGGAGGAAACGGAGGAGUGAGGCGUUCCCGGUGGGAGUCAACGAGGCAUCUUUGCGGGAGUGCGCCCAGUCCCAGUGUGAAGAAAGGGAAAAUAGUUUUGAAUGGUAGCGUCACAAGAUUCUGGGGAGUGCAGUGUGGACAGCAGCAUUCGCGGGACCUUGCACUGUAGGGCCUUCCACUCGUCCACCCGCUGUGCCCUCGCCGCCAAGAAGGACUUUUAUGAGGUGCUGGGCGUGCCGCGAGGCGCUAGCAAGGCGGACGUGAAGAAGAAGUAUUUCGAGCUUGCGAAGAAAUACCAUCCGGUAAAGGAGGGAGGGAGGGAGGGAGGGAGAGGGGGGAGGAGGUGUGAGGCCGUGAGACGAGGAAGGUACGAAAAACG